UACGAACUUGACUACAGUUACAACCCUUUUUCUGCCAUCCAAGAUCAAUUUCAAACAUUCAACUUAAAUCCAUCCUCAACUCCAGCAAGUCACUUAACUCCGGCACCAUGCCUUCGUUCUCGUCUCUCGCGGACAAAUUCCAAAACGCCCAACUCACGAUUGGGUACACCUUUGAUAACCCGACUAUUGGAAAGGGGGCGCUAGUCACUCCUGGGGUUGCCCUGCCUGGGCUGCCAACCCGCAUGGAUGGUCACAAGGAGCUUGCCCUUGUUGGAGAUGCUGUUCUUAAGCUGGCACUUACCCUGGACGGAUACGUAGCUAAAAGAAGCAGAGAAUAUACCAGUAACAUUCUGCAAACCAAAGCCAGCAACGUCAACCUUGCACUAGUUGGGCGUAGGAUGGGUCUCGACAAACUUGUUAUUGUUAAUCCAUCCCAGGCAGGCAUGGUUUCUGACAAAGUGAUGGCCAACACCGUCGAGGCUCUCAUCGGAGCUGUCUAUAUGGAUUCUAACUCGAUUGACGCUGUGCGGUCUGUCUUGGUUGCUAUGGGCCUUGACUGGCCCGCUUGAGCUCCAUGAUUUUGCGUGAACUACCUAUGCAAAGUGAAGUGAUCUGGAAGCUAGUUACUUACUAGUGGGUCGUACAGAGGCCCUUCUGCAUCAGUACCAGACCCCUGGUA